AGUCAUCUCUCACCAAUGUCCUUCACUCCCGGAGCAUCCGCGCCAAAUACUACUACUUCACUCUACGUCUACUCCGACCAUCAAUUCCAGCACGGAGCGCAAACCCCGACGCGCGCAUUGCUGUUGAGCAGCCUCGUUUUGUUUUGUGCUCGCUUGAUCCCUGAUGGUCAUCUCCCGGGUUUGGAACUGCUCCGAAACAUCGGCCCGUUUGCUGAGGCGGGUGGAUUGAUAGUGGGUUCUCUUGCCAACGGCUAUCCUUCCCACUCGCCUCUGUUGGCGACGAGAGGGUCCUGCGGGUAGAAUCGGAGAUAUGCCGCAAUGGAUUUUUUUCUCAGGGUCCUCAUGGCAUUCU